AUGGGCCCUCGAAACCGAACAGAAGUUUUAGAGUUCAUCCUCCUUGGGGUCUCUGAGGAUCCAGAAUUACAGCCCUUCAUAUUUGGGCUGUUCCUGUCCAUGUUCCUGGUCACUGUGCUCGGGAACCUGCUCAUCAUCCUGGCCAUCUGCUCUGACCCCCACCUCCACACCCCCAUGUACUUCUUCCUCUCCAACCUGUCCUUGGUUGACAUCUGUUUCAGCACCACCAUAGUGCCCAAGAUGCUGGUGAACAUCCAUACAGAGAACAAAGCCAUCUCCUAUAUGGACUGCCUCACGCAGGUCUAUUUUUCCAUGUUUUUUCCUAUCCUGGACACUCUACUCCUGACUAUAAUGGCCUAUGACCGGUUUGUGGCCAUCUGCCGCCCCCUGCACUACAUGGUCAUCAUGAACCCACGCCUCUGUGGCCUGCUGGUUCUUGUGACCUGGUUCGUUGGUGUCAUGACAUCUCUUCUUCACAUCUCUCUGAUGAUGCAUCUGAGCUUCUGCCGAGAUCUUGAAAUUCCACAUUUCUUCUGUGAACUGACACAGAUUCUCAAGUUGGCCUGCUCUGAUACCUUCCUGAACAGUGCAUUGAUAUACUUUAUGACUGGUGUGCUGGGUGUUUUUCCCCUUGUUGGGAUCCUUUUCUCCUACUCACAGAUUGCUUCAUCGAUAAGGAAGAUGCCUUCACUGGGGGGAAAGCAAAAAGCAUUUUCCACCUAUGGGUCUCACCUCUCAGUGGUUUCUUUAUUUUAUGGAACAAGUGUUGGGGUCUACUUCACUUCUGCAGUAACUCACUCCCCCCAGAAAGUCUCAGUGGCUUCAGUAAUGUAUACUGUGGUCACCCCCAUGCUGAACCCCUUCAUCUACAGCCUGAGGAACAAGGAUGUGAAGGGGGCUCUGGGAAGGCUUCUCAGUAGAGCAACCUCUCAUCUGUGAUGGAUCUCUUGGCCCCAGGACUAAGAAGUUUUAUGGAUCCCAAAAGCAAAAAUUUUGAUUCUAAAGUUUACUCUUGAAUCUUGUAAACCCUCUUUCACCUAAUCCUGAAGGAGCUAUGACUGCACUCCCCUAGUUUUUA